AAUAUGGGUCUUACGAUAAGGAGCGGAGCCAAGAGAGCACGGUAUUUACAAGUGGAGUGCUCGGUAUAUAAUCACUUUUAGGCAAAGCCAUCAGUUUUGGAGCUGCUAUCUGCGACGUCAGUUAUUAGCCAGCACUAUGGGGGUGACACGCUUUGGUGUUGGCCAUUAUAGGCAGCACUGAACCAGAAAACCUGGACUCGUCAUUGAACAUCUAUGUCUUGACCGUUGUCAUUUCUGUAUAUUACAUCAACAAACAUCGCGACUGCUGGCAUUUAGAAAACACCAUUUGACUUUCAGUGUACGAACUACCUCAAGGGAGAGUUUUAGGAUUGACGUUGAACACACGCAAUCAAGGCACAGCACUGCCAUCAGAUUGUGUUUGGAAAAGAAUGGAUGCAGCCUUAUCCUCUCCAAUAGUGAAAUCAUUUGUGGCAGGAUCCUUCAGCGGAACAUGUUCAACAUUGCUUUUUCAACCUUUAGAUCUUGUGAAAACAAGAGUGCAGUUGUCAAUAAACUUUGGGAAAACACAGGGCAUUGUCAGUGUUUUGACAAAUGUUAUUGAAAAAGACCGCCUCCUUGGACUAUGGAGGGGAAUUGUUCCGUCAAUCACGCGAUGCGUCCCGGGUGUGGGGAUUUACUUUGCUUCUCUACACUGGCUCAGAUCAAAUUUUGGGACUACAGAUCCCCAUCCUGUGGAGUCAUUGCUCAUGGGAGCAACAGCUCGCUCAGUCGCUGCAGUUGCAGUCCUCCCAUUCACGGUCCUUAAGACUCGUUAUGAGAGUGGCAACUUCCAGUACUCCAGUAUGACAAGGGCAUUGGUUAUCACUCAUCAGAAAGAGGGACUGAAAGGUCUGUAUUGUGGUUUGGGACCUACACUGAUGAGGGACGUACCAUUCUCAUCUCUCUACCUCAUGUUUUAUACUCAGCUUAAAAGGACACUGCCAGAAGACAUGCUCCAAGAGAAGUCUUUGCCACUUUUUCACUUCCUGUGUGGCAUUAUGGCAGGGUCUUUGGCAUCCGUGGUUACUCAGCCAGCAGAUGUGAUAAAGACACAUGCACAGCUCAACCCAGCUAUGUAUGGCAACAUCAGAGCAUGUGCAUUGCAUGUUUAUCAGAAGGAUGGUUUAGUUGGGUUUUGGCGUGGAAUCAUUCCAAGAACACUGCGUCGAACCCUUAUGGCAGCUAUGGCAUGGACCAUUUAUGAGCAGGCGAUGAGACAUUUUUCCCUCAAGACGUAGCUCAUCUUCCUCUAAGCCUUCAAUUCAUCACCUGGAGUUUCAUGCCACAGUUUACACAAUUCCAGUAUUGCUGCUGUUGUGAAUAGGUCGUCUUUGUAAUGCUAAACGUGUUUUUUUAACAACACAGUCAGAGUUUGGACCUUGAUGAAGAACCCUUGAAUACGUGUAAUGCUCUUUUUGAAUGCAUUGUGAUCAAUAUAUCUAUGCUUCUAGAUAGACAAUGAUUUAAUGGAUCAUGAACUGUCUGUUAUGCAUGCUAAUGAACAACCUUCAAUUCAUCAUGGUGAUGGAAAGAAAUUUGAAUUCAUUGUGAAGAACAACACCCAUUACAGCUGUCAUUUUGGUCAGAAUGUAUCUAUAUCAGGAUGGACACUAUUGGAUGUGAAGUUUGAUUAAUGGAUUACAACUUUGUCUUUCCUGACGAGUGCUUCCCGGUGAAACAUGGUGAUUAUCAUGUACUGUUGUACUGUAUCCAUCAUACUGGUUCAACAUUGAUGAACAUGGUGAUUAUCAUGUGCUGUUGUACUGUAUCCAUCAUACUGGUUCAACAUUGAUGAAACAGGGUUUUACCUUGACCUACAAAACUAGGGGUCCUGACGACCCCCCAAUUACUUAUCUCAAGGCUCCUUACAGGAAAUAUGAGGGUCAUUUAGUAUAGUAAUGAAAUGGUGCAGUGACUGUUUUAAGAUUUAAGAUUUUAAUUAUUGUAAAAAAUUAGCUACAUUGAAGGAUGCAAUAUAUGUUUGUUUAUGCAUCCAUUCUAAACAUUUGUGCAUACUGGACGCACAUUUCUGCAUUCCUUAAACCAUGCGAAAUAAUAUUUAGCGAUAUGAUGGUUCUCAGUGAAAACCGUGUGCUGACAUUUAUUGGACAGAUGACACAUCUACAUGAAUACUUGGUAAGAAACUUUACAUUAGGGAAAGUGUUAUCCUUUUUUUUUCUGAAAUGUGAUUACAUGUCACUGCCAUUGGGUAACAAUUAUGUUAUUGUGUUAGUGUCUGCAAGGCUGGAUCCAUGGGUCAAGUCUGUGUGUUUUGUACUGAUGGUUCAUUUGGAGAAUUAUUUUUAUUAAUAUAACAGAAGUCUGUAUUGAUGUGCAGACUAGUCAUUGAUGCUAUUCCAUUUCUAUAUUAGUCAUGUUUUGUGAGAGCUUUACAUUUUGUUUAUUUAUAUGCUUGAAGAUGUUGAUGGCGUUUCCUUAUGGAUAAGAUUACCCUUGCAAUUGUGCAGUUGUGCUUUUAAAACAGUUAUUUCAAGCUUGACGAAUAUAAACAAAUGAUUUGAAAACCUUAUGUUUAAGGUAUACAUAAUACAUAAUAUUAAGAAGUAAAGAUUAAAACAUUUGUAGCUUUCAAAUUUGCACUUUUUCAUCUAAAAACAAAUUCAAAUCUAUGGUGACUAGCAGGGAUUAGUAGGGGAAAUGGUUUCAGCAGUCACAUUAAAUCAAACAUUUGAUUUCCCCAUCAUGCUAGUAUGAAGUGCAAAGAUGUAAGGCAGGGUCAGUUGGGCAGAUUCUGCUGACCACAUCUUACUGGGAUUGACAUUGCCCUGUUAAACAAUAAUGACAGUAACUGGUAUGUUUAUGAUACUUUCCUUGACCCAAAACAACAUAUUAUUAUAAGUAACUGAACCCUUGAAUAAACUGUGUAUCUUAUUAUCACAGUAUUGGUAUGCAUCAUUAGUUACAAUGAUAUCUGACUGCCUCUGUGGUCUUGUGGUAGAGCAUCUGUCCGGAGAAUGGAACAUCCGGGGUUCGAUCCCCGGCCGCAUCAUACCAAAAGACUUCAAAAGAUGGUACUUGUUAUCCUGUCUAGCGCUUGGCAUUAAGGCGAUAAAACAAGGACUGUUCGGCUGGGAGUCAGUAUACUGUGUCUGUGUGUGGUAUUCAUGUUAAUGGGCAUGGUUCUCAGUUGGCGAGCACUAUAAAUCGGCAUCAGUCCAGACUAGUACAAGCAGCCACACACACACACGUACAUGCACGUGGCUAUGUAAGUGCAAUAAUCUUGGACACCACAAUAAACCCCAUUUCACCAACAAUGAUGUUGAUUUAUACCAAGAAAGUACUAUUAGUGGAUUUCAGAAUUUUCAUUGUUUGUGUUACAUGAUACAUUGCCAGGUGACAUGUUUACAGUAGCAAAGUUAGAACCUGGUGGUAUCCCUGGUGAUUGAUCGAACUUGUACAUGAUAAGUAUGGUACCCCGGUAAGAUUUCCACUCCAUGUUGAAUCUCUCUAUGCACAUCUCACAGUAAGAUAUAUAUUUAAGUGUGUUAUUAUCUGAUCUCAUGCAUUUGAUAUUGGUUCUGAUUCAACAAGAUUCCCUGGUUAUCAAAGUAGAACAUACUUUCAUCACGAGAAGCUGUUUAGUCCAACUUAAAGUUUUUUGUUUUAUUGGCUUUUAGAAAGCUAUAUGUAUGAUAAAAAUAGAUUUUAUCUUGUUAUCUCAUAGUGAGGUUUAUUAUGAGAAAAUGCAAUAAAUGUAUUUUGAAUGUA